GUUGCUCCUCUACGACUACAAUGAUUGAGGAAAAUCCAAUUCACAUUGCCACUGGCGCCGUAGAGAGCCCUCGAAUCAUCCAUUAGAUUUCGUCGCCGCAGCAGAAAUUGACGAAUGGGGAAGAGGGGCGCCGACGAGGCGUUGCAGGAGGCGGUGGUGGUGGUGAUGGAAGGACAAGGAAGAGAUCAAAACAGUGAGACAAACAAUACGGCGGCGACUGAGACGCCCGAGGCUUCGAAUCAGGAACAGCAUCCCUAUGCGUUUAAUGUGUGCGGUCCUCGCAAUGUUCCUUGUAUAAACUGGCGAGAUCUCAUCAAUUCCACUUGGAACGAUAGCAAGUACAAAAGAAUGGUGAUAGCCUGUUUCAUACAAGCAGUAUACUUACUCGAGCUCGACAGACAAGAAAACCGAACCAACGAGACCGCCCUCGCCCCAAAAUGGUGGAUACCGUUCAAGUACAAAUUAUCAGAGGUCCUAAUAGACGAACGAGAUGGGUCGAUAUUUGGCGCCAUACUAGAAUGGGACAGAUACGCCGCACUCUCCGAUUUUGUUCUAAUCCGACCAAGUGGCGCGCCGAGGGCCGUUCUAGCGCUCCGAGGGACGCUCCUGAAAAGCCAAACUAUCCGGCGCGACAUCGAAGAUGAUCUCCGUUUCUUAGCUUGGGAAAGCCUGAAGGGAUCCGUCCGAUUCAGCUGCGCUCACCGGGCGUUGAAGUCGAUCGUGCAGAAAUACGGCAGCAGCAACGUCUGCGUCGCCGGACAUUCUUUAGGUGCCGGAUUCGCGCUCCAAGUCGGAAAGGCGUUGGCGAAAGAAUCCAUUUUUGUCGAGGCGCAUUUGUUCAAUCCGCCUUCCGUUUCGCUGGCGUCGAGCCUGAGAAACGUCGGCGAUCGAGCAGGGAUAAUGUUGAAGCGUUUCCGGGCUAUGGUGAUGCCUCCGAGCGCCAAAGAUCACGGCGAUGAUGUCCGGGAAGUCGCGACGAAGAUGGGAUCGAAGCAGUGGGUGCCUCAUCUUUACGUGAAUAACAGUGAUUACAUCUGCUGUUAUUACACCGAUCCUGACGACGGCGCCGGUAAGGAGAAUAGCGGCGUAGCGGCGGCGGCGACUACGGCGCAGUCGUGCGCGGCGGCGAAGCUGUUUGUGCUGUCGAAAGGAAAGCAGAAGUUUCUGGAAGCUCACGGGCUGGAGCAAUGGUGGUCGGAUGAGCUGGAGCUGCAGACGGCGCUUAGUAGUAGUAAGCUGAUUAGCCGGCAGCUGAAGUCGCUGUAUUGCGGCGGAGGUCAGGAACAGCAGCCGGCUUAGAAGAAGACAGUCCAGACAGGUUUGUUGAUUUAUGGAAAUAAUGGAUGAUUUGUUGUUCUUCAUUGUUUCAGGGAAUGUGCAAAGCUCAGAACGAUUUAUUGAAGAAAAUAAA